AUGAUGUGUGUACAGCUAUCGAGGCCCUCGUUGCUGAGUUUGGUUGCAGCCGGUCUCCUGACCCCUUCCAGAGGCAUCGCUGUCGGCAACUGCGGGGACCACCGACACCACCACCACCACCACGAGCGGCGGCACCGGCGGCGGCGCUUGGCCCCCGGCGGCGGAAGCUGGAGCGGCGGUACGCACGGCCUGCGGCUUCUGUCUUCUCCUUCGUCUGGCGCGCACGAGGGGGAGACGGGGCGAAGAAGCAGCGGGAGUAAUGAGCAGCAGGAGCGACAUCAGGGUGGCGGACGUAGCGGUGAUGGUGGUACGCGCAGGACACAUGACACGGGACGACCGUCUUCGUCGCUUCCCGCUCGGCAGCGGGAGGCGCGAACGCGUCGGCACAGGGGAAGGCAAGGCGGCGGCUGGGGCGGUGACGGAGACCGACAGGAGGACUGGGGCGGCGACUCGGGCAGGAGCCUGGUUGAGGAGGAGAGGGAAGCGCAGGAGGUGCAGGGCGCCGUGGCGUUGGCGGCGGCGAAGCGAGGCCCCGGGGAGCGGGGACGGCUGGUGGCGAGCGAGUCGCCGGUCGAGGAGUUCGUCAUCAGGGGGAGGCGUGUUUUGGUCAAGAGGGACGACAAGAUGCGGCUGGCCGAGAGCGGCCUGUCCGGGAACAAGGCGCGCAAGCUCUACGCGCUCAACAAGACUCCGGCAUCUUCCUUUCCGGAGAGCAACGCCAUGGUGGCGAUUGCGGCGGUGGUUGCCAGCAAGCCCGGGUCAUCCUUCAUCUACUACACCAAGCCGGUGCCCAAGUGGCUGAGGAGGAACCCCGUCGGGAACUUCGCGAGAACAAUAGCUCUCGGGGCGGAGAUUAUGGAAGUGCACACCGAAGACUACAAGAGAAUAUUCGGCGGCGCGGACGGGCCAGGAGCGUCGUACUCGGACGUUGUGCCGGAGGAGGCGUUGUUCUUGCCUCAGGGGGGCGCCGACGCGGCGGCGGAAGAGUAA